UGUUUUCAUUUUGCUUUCAUUGCGUGGAGUAACAAAGUAUCCACUAACUGAACUGAAUAAGAUAACCGAAUCUCAUUCGACUGAAAAUGUCUAAACUACAGUUGUUGCGUUUGUUUUUAAAUGAGCGUUUAACGGCGGCUGCUGUGGAGAUUUUCGGGGCAGUUGAGAAAACGGUAGUGGAGUACCAGGAGGAGAAUGAUCGGCUGCGGAGACUGUUGCGGAGGACACCAGAGAUACAACUAUGUGGAAUAGAAUCCCUGCAACUUUCUGUCUCUGAAAAGGAGGUUCCCCCUGAGCAGCAGCACUGUGAGCAGGAGUGGAGCCCCAGUCUGGGACAGAAGGACCCAGAUACCACACUGAUUAAAGGGAAACAGGAGGAAGAACAGCUUCAAUGUCUGGAGCCUGAUAUCAUAGAGUUCAUAUUCACUCCUUCCUGUGUGAAAAGUGAAUGUGAUCAGGAGGACCCACUUCAGUCCUUGACUCUUCCCCAAACCCAGACUGUGGAGAACAGAGAGAGAGACUCUAAACCGGUGGAUCUCAAACCUUUUGGCACUGUGACCCACAUUAAUGGUCUUUACAUUCCCUGUUUAUCGCCAUAUACUCAGAACAAUCCCUCCAGCCACAGUUCAGCCGUAAGCAGCGACCCAGUAGGACUUGACAGCAGCCCACCAUUGGGUCCCACCCCACCAUUAGAUCCAAACCCACCAAUGGGGGAACGCGGUUCCAAACUCAGCACCACGUCUAUAAAAACUCACCACUGCCAUGACUAUGGUGAAAUGUUUCCUCUGAAAGCUGAACUGCAGAGACACAUGACUCUUACCAAGAAGAGACUCGGCGAAUGUCACUUAUCCAAUAAACAGUACAACUCCACCUGUAAACCGGAAGCCAAUGUCCAACUCUGUCCCAUGGAGAAAUCCUGCACUUGCCCUAUUUGUGGCAUGACCAUCAAACACAAGGGAGAUCUGUCCAGGCACAUGGGUAUUCACACAGGAGAGAAACCAUUUAGCUGUGGUGACUGUGGGAAAAGCUUCUAUCAGAAGGGACACCUUACAGAUCAUAAACGGACUCACACAGGAGAGAAACCAUUUAGCUGUGGUGACUGUGGGAAAAGCUUCAAUUUGAAGGGCAACCUAAGGAAGCAUAAACUGACUCACACAGGAGAGAAACCAUUUAGCUGUGGAGACUGUGGGAGAAGCUUCAGUCUCAAUAUGAACUUAACCAGGCAUAAACUGACUCACACAGGAGAGAAACCAUUUAGCUGUGGUGACUGCGGGAAAAGCUUCACUCAAAAGACGAAUCUGCUGAUGCAUGUGAAAAACAUCCACAAAGGAGGAAAGCAGGACAAAAACUGAAAGAAAGAAAAUGAGGACAAAGUUGUUCUGUCAAAAGAAUGGGAAAAACAGGCAGUAUGUGGACAACACGUUUUAAGUAGGGCUGGUGUGUGUGUAUAUAUAUAUAUAAAAAAUUAAAUGGAUGAUAUUUGAU